AUGAAGAUCUUUCUAUUGGUCUUGGUUUAUCUGCACCUCUCAGAAGGUGUGGAGAGAAUUCUCCUGAGGAAAGGCAAGUCUAUCCGCCAGAAGAUGGAGGAACAAGGUGUAUUGGAGAAAUUUCUUAAAAGCUACCCAAAGGUUGACCCAGCUGUUAAAUAUCAUUUCAAUAAUGAUGCUGUUGCUUAUGAGCCCAUCACCAACUACCUGAAUGAUUUCUACUUUGGGGAGAUCAGCAUUGGGACACCACCCCAAAAUUUCCUGGUCCUUUUUGACACAGGCUCCUCCAACCUGUGGGUGCCCUCCACCUACUGCCAGAGCCAGGCUUGCAAGAAUCACAACAGAUUCAACCCCAACCAGUCCUCUACUUUCAAAAACAACGGGCAAACCUAUACACUGUCUUAUGGGAGUGGCAGUCUGAGUGUGGUCCUGGGAUAUGACACCGUGACAGUUCAGAAUAUCGUCAUCAACAAUCAGGAGUUUGGCCUGAGUGAGAAUGAGCCCAGCAACCCUUUCUACUACUCAGACUUUGAUGGAAUCCUAGGAAUGGCCUACCCAAACAUGGCAGUGGGAAGUUCCCCAACAGUCAUGCAGGGGAUGCUUCAACAGGGCCAGCUCACUGAACCCAUCUUUAGCUUCUAUUUCUCUCGCCAACCAACCUAUCAGUAUGGUGGAGAGCUCAUCCUGGGAGGUGUGGACACCCAACUUUAUUCUGGUCAAAUUGUCUGGACACCUGUCACCCGGGAACUGUACUGGCAGAUUGGCAUUCAGGAGUUUUCCAUUGGUAAUCAGGCCACUGGCUGGUGUUCACAGGGCUGCCAGGCCAUUGUGGAUACGGGCACCUUCCUGCUAGCCAUUCCCCAGCAGUACAUGGGCACCUUCCUUCAGGCGACAGGAGCCCAGCAGGCUGAGAAUGGUGAUUUUGUGGUCAGCUGCAACAAUGUACAGAGCAUGCCUACUAUCACCUUCAUCAUCAGUGGGGCUCAGUUUCCUCUGCCUCCUUCUGCCUAUGUCUUUAAUAACAAUGGCUACUGCUGGCUUGGGAUUGAGGCCACUUACCUGCCCUCUCCCAAUGGGCAGCCCCUGUGGAUUCUGGGAGAUGUCUUCCUUAAGGAAUAUUACUCUGUAUAUGAUAUGGCCAACAACAGGGUGGGUUUUGCCUAUUCUGCCUAG